CCACAGUGGCUGCUGAGGAAKACAUCCCCUCUGCUUCUCUCUCUUCCUCUCAACUCCCUCCUCCUCCUCCUCUUCUCUGCUCUUCAAUCCAACUUGAACUAACGGCGCGCUCAUUUUUUAAUGACUCUCACAGCAUCAGUGCAGCUUCUCGUUUUGCUCCCCGCUCUCCUCUUCGCCACCUGUUAGUCUUCCUCUUCCUCUCUGCUCUGGAAUUCCCUUUUUUUUCCCUCCUCUGUUCUUUUAUGAGGAGUUUCACUCUUAUUCUCUCACUGAGCCCCUAUGACUGUGCGAAAAGGAAACCGUUUAGGCAUCUCCAUCCAGGAGCACAUGGCCAUCGACGURUCCCCAGGCCCCAUUCGUCCCAUACGACAAAUCUCUGCCUACUUCCCACGCCUCUCGCCCACUUCCUCCUUCUCAGAGCCCCUCUCGCCCAAUCAGCUGUCGGCGCCGGCUGCACUCGUCUCGGGUCAAGGUGGAGGGACUGUGGGAGGAGGAGAAGGAGGAGGAGGAGCAAGCGGUGGCCUUCUGUCUCCGCUGUUACCGGGAGCUGCAGGCGGUGGGGGGUCACUGUCGGCCAUGAGCAGCAUGGACACCUCCAUCGAGAUCGACAGCUGUGACAGCGACGACAGCACCUCUCUGGGGACACUAGAGUUUGACCUCCUGUACGAGAAAGCCACAAGCUCCUUACACUGCACAGUCCUGAGAGCAAAGGGUUUAAAGCCAAUGGAUUUCAAUGGUUUGGCUGAUCCUUACGUCAAGCUGCAUCUGCUGCCAGGAGCGUGCAAGGCCAACAAACUGAAAACCAAGAUUGUUCGAAACACACUCAACCCUGUCUGGAAUGAGACGCUCACCUACUGUGGGAUCACCGAGGAGGACAUGUACCGAAAGACUCUGAGGGUGUCUGUGUGUGACGAAGACAAGCUGACACAUAAUGAGUUCAUCGGGGAGUCGAGGGUGGCCCUGCGCCGUGUGAAGCCUGACCAGACCAAACACUUUAACAUCUGUCUGGAGCAUCCACCUCCUCUGCCUUCGCCCACAGCCAUGAGCACGGCCCUGAGAGGAAUCUCCUGCUACCUGAGAGAGUGGGAGACGGAGCAGCAGAGGAGUCUGGAGGAGAGAGGACGUCUGCUGCUCUGCCUCCAGUUCCUCCCGCCAAACCAGGACGGCGAGCUGAAGGGCGAGGCCAAGGAGAGAGCGCGUGGCGGGCUGUGCGUGGGCGUCAAACGCUGCGCCCACCUGGCGGCCAUGGACGUCAACGGCUUCUCUGACCCCUACGUUAAAACGUAUCUGAAGCCAGAUGUUCAUAAGAAAUCCAAGCACAAAACAUCGGUCAUAAAAAAGACUCUCAACCCAGAGUUUAACGAGGAGUUCUUCUAUGAAAUCUCCUUCUCAGAGUUAGCCAACAAGACGCUGGAGGUCACAGUGUGGGACUACGACCUCGGAAAGUCUAAUGACUUCAUCGGGGGCGUGUCCUUAGGGUGCCACUCGCAGGGAGAAACCCUGCAGCACUGGAUAGACUGUCUGAAGAACAAGGGCCAGAAGGUAGAGCGCUGGCACACCCUGACCAACGAGCUGCCCGGAUCCACCCUGCAGGACUGAACCGGGCCUCUUUGUUGCUUCAUCGCAUGCUGGACUCAUCCCACUAAUUUUGUGUUACUGAUGGGGUCUGAUCAGUACUGGACUGCUGGAUGUAGGUAAAACUCCAGAAUGGAAGUAGUUCAUGAAUAGUUAAAGGAUAAAAACUGCCCCUCAGACUUCAUUCGUGAAGAGAAAACAAACUCCUGCUCACGCUGAGGGAGAGGAUGGGUUCAUUAUUCUGCAGUUUGACUCUAUUCUUCAUGCCAGCUCGGCUUGUUUUUAAUAAAUCCUGUCACUUUUUUUUCCCCUUAACUCGACAUUACAACCCCACGGGUAAUGACCACCUGUCACACAGUCCUCUCCCCUGCAAUAAUGGUUUUUCCCUGAUGCUUCCAGAGAUUUGGGGGCGGCCUUCAUUCGGCCGGACGUCGUGCAUCUAUUGAUCUGUGGCUGGAGCGCCUGCAGUCUGAUGACAUAACUGGAUCUUUCGUGUCGAUGGUCGGUGUGAGCUGUUUGCAUGUUUGGUGUCGAUGGAGCAACAAGACAGCUGCUUGUUCCCGCUCUUGUUGUUGUGUAUUUUAAAGGUACUCAGUGUAAUGUCAGGAAACAAAGAUAACUCUGCACAUGUUUUUAUUUUCUCAUAUUGAUGGUUAAUGUGGACAUAUAUUUUAAAAUUUUAGAUUAAAUUUGUAACCAGCUGCCAAAUACUUGUUUUUGACGUGUUAUUUGUUAAUAAAAGAUGGAUGUUCCUGCUUUGACUUUUGGGUUUAGCAGCUUUAAAACUUUGAUGUUAUAUUUUUGUUUUGUUUUGUUCUUUUACUUUUUCCAGCAUUUUUUUCUCAUUGAAAAUAAAUCAGCUCUUCACGUCCGUCAAAACCUUUGUGCUCUUUAAAACCUUCUUCAGCAUACUUGCUGCCUUUUUGUCUCCCGGUCCCAUGUUUUGUCAAAAGAGAGAAAAGGACUUUUGUCUUUUCACUCUUCACUGUGCAUCUUUUUGUGUCCCCCUGUUUGUUCUUUUAUUGUCCAAUGUGAAUGUCUUAGUGCUUUUCAUGUCCCCUGUUUUGUCAGUUUUGCUUUUUACAUGUUUCCUACUGUGCAUCUUUUUGGCUUUUUCAUGUUUCCUCACAUGUCCUUUUGGCCUUUUCACAUCUCCUUAUGUGUCCCAUUGGCCUUUUCAUGUCUCCUUGUGACCUUUUGCGUGUCCUUUUAACCUUAAUGUGUCUCCUUGUGUGUCCUUUUAGCCUUGACUUGGCAUCCUGUGUGCGUUUAUUAUGUUUAUUUCCUUGUGCAUCCAUUUAGUUUUUUUCUGUCCUUCUUCUUGUUUCUCAUGGGUCCUUUUUUGUUCUCAUUAUUUUAUGAUUUUUCUUUUUCUUUGUCUUGCUCCAGGUGUCUUUUCUUCUUCGUCCAAUCAUUUAUCUGUCAUUGAAAGUUAAAACAAUUUAUCAAAUUUCAGCAGCAUAAUUCA